UACGAUUUCGCAGCCGUUUUAGAGUGGUUUGCCGAACGUGUGGACCGCAUCAUCCUCCUGUUUGACGCCCACAAGCUAGACAUCUCAGACGAGUUCUCGGAGGUCAUCAAGGCCCUGAAGAACCACGAAGACAAGAUCCGGGUGGUUCUAAACAAGGCUGACCAGAUCGAGACGCAGCAGCUGAUGAGGGUUUAUGGCGCCCUCAUGUGGUCGCUGGGGAAGAUCGUCAACACGCCCGAGGUCAUCCGUGUCUAUAUCGGGUCGUUCUGGUCGCACCCACUGCUCAUCCCUGACAACCGUAAACUGUUUGAGGCAGAGGAGCAGGACCUGUUCAAGGACAUCCAGUCACUGCCCCGCAACGCUGCCCUCAGGAAGCUCAAUGACCUCAUCAAAAGGGCACGGCUCGCCAAGGUAAGCGCUGAACUCAUACACAUGCACACACACGCAUGGACGGACACACAUGCACACACACAUUCUCUCAGAAAAGAGUGGAAAGGACUCCUAAGCACAAUGUCAUUUUGGCCUGACUAGGAAGUUCUCUUUUAUUAAGUAUUAAGUCAUUUUUCCAAAGAGAAGAAAAGUAUUUGUUAAAGAGGUCUUUGAAUGGAAUAGUAUCUCAAGAGAGACCAUACAGUUGCCCUGACUGACCAGGAACUAUAAUAUAGUGACUCACUAUGCAAGAGUAAUGAGUGCAAUCACACCCACUUUGUUAGAAUACGAUAACCUUCCCCUACAGAGCGGAGCUGCCAUCCCUCUCCUCAGGGGAACAUUAUGUGACUGCAUGGUGAGAUGAGGGCUGGUACAGUGGCUGUACCCGGAUACCUUCACAGCUGAGCUACACUGUAAUAGAGUCAUAAAGCAUUGGUGACACAGAACCCAAAGUCACACCAAAUCAAUUAUCAGUCAUAGGUCACUACUGUUCACUUGGCGUAGAGACUCAUGGAAAAACCUUGACUUCAACCCCAGAUUCAUCUUACAUUUUUUGGGGAGUAUGAUUUUUUCCCAGGACACAGGAAUUAUGUUUUAUUUAUAACUCACUUCAUGCAGUUUGGAAACAAAUCCUAUUUUUAUUAAAUUUUUUACUAGUCAAUAAAAAACGGUUAAUUAUAAUUUUACAGCAAUAGAAAUCAUUCCACAAGGACUAGGUUUUAUAAGUCAUUAUAUUGAUGAUUUUUUCUUUUCUUCAAGCUAGAUAGAAAAAUGAAUAGCAAGGACAGUUGUUCUGUGGUCAAGGCCUACUGGCUGACCGAUGGAUGAGCAUCCAGGGAUCACAGCAAUGGUCAGGAUAAAGACAGGUAAUUUAGGCACUGGGUGUGUCCAAUACCAUCAGAUGAUUAACAAUCAGCCUCACAUGAAGAAUCUCACUCCCCAAUGCUGAAUAUAUUACCCUCCCGGACAGCCAUACACCCUAACACCACUAUGCCUCUGUGAUGACCUAGCCGUGAGUUGUGGCCGAUAUUGUGUUGCCACCAAUCUCAGGCAAACGUGAUUUGCAGUACAAUAUUAUCACCCUAUGGCUAAACAAACAGAGAGGGUGUGUGUGAUUACGAACAGUGGGGAAUGUUUAAUUGAUGAGCUGUCAUAAUUCCUGGGAUGUCCCUGACCUUACAGUGGGAUUCAACUGGAUCUACAUGUGCAAGCAUGAUUCGUGGCUGGGGGAGGGAUGAAGGGAUGAUUGAGGGAUUUGGAUAGUAGAGCCAAGCAGGGAGGUGGGGGGAUAUUGAAUUAUGUGCAGAAAGACCUUGAGAGAGCAUCAGCAGUGUUUGUUCUAAUAACAACGAGACCUGGGGUGUAUUCAUUACGGAAACCGUUUACCGUUUAAGAACCAAACUGAAGAAUACAGAGCAAAAUGAGAGUUUCUAUUGGACAAAUUCAGGUAGGGCCCUCCUCAGGUGGCUGUUCAACAGGAUGUCUGAGCCAUCCUCCCCUUAGCAGCCUCCACUGCCCCUGUCCCCCUAUUCCCCGUCCCCUGGUCCCUGUCCUGUCUCCUGUCCUGACCAGAGAGGUGGUCUUCCUCUGCUGUCAGCAGCAGUGUGCUCAUCCAUCCGCCUAAGUAGAAGUACUGUUACUUUAAUGACAUUUUACUCAAGUAGAAGUAAAACUACUGGUGUAAAAAACGACUCAAGUAAAGGUAGAAAGUAGCUCAUUUAAAAAUCAUUCAGACUGAAAGUAAUGUAGUUACUUUUAAAAUAAAAACAUUAAUCUUAUAGCUAAUUUCCCUAAGGUUACCUGAACGUUGUUACACAUCAUUUUUUUCUGUACAAUAAAUUGAAUGAAGAAGAGAGGAAAUAAUGUACAAAAUGAACUAGGUUCCUUUAUUGUUUGAGUUGCAGCAAGGCACAUCUGAAUAUAAAAAAAACAAAAAGAUUUGUCAAUGAUAAUCAUAUUUGAAAAUACAUGAAACAUUCAAAGCUAUUAAAAUGUAUUGAUGAAUUAUAAGCAAUACAAAAUAAAGUGCAUAAACAAAAAAAUCACUUUUCCUCACUCAUUCCGUCCCUCUUUCCUUCCCUCACAAACUCCCUUUUCCCCUCACUCACAAACUCCCUCUUUCUCUCAUUCUCUCACUCACUCAAGGCCAAAUGGGGAGUGCCAGGGAACACUGGACCUACCUAAAGGAUUUGAUGUCAAAUUAGCUCUGGAGGCAACAACAGAACACCAUGGAAAUAAAGAUUAAUGAGCAAACCCCCCUGAAAUAGAGAAGGGGCUAUAGAUGUUGCAUUAGAUUGAUAAACUAUACACUCACCGGCCAGUAUACCCAUCUAGUACCGGGUCGGUCCCCCCUUUGCCUCCAGAAGAGGCUGAAUUCUUCGGGGCAUUCUACAAGAUGUCGGAAACGUUCCAUAGGGAUGUUGGUCCAUGUUGGUCCAUGUGGAUCCGGCGCGCCUGGCACCGACGAUCAUACCACGCUCAAAGUCGCUUAGGUCACUCGUUUUGCCCAUUCUAACGUUCAAUAGAACAGUAAAUGAAUGCCUCGAUGCCUGUCUGCCUGCUUUAUAUAGCAAGCCACGGCCACGUGACUCACAGUCUGUAGGAACAAACCAUUUACGUGAAUGGGGUGGUGUACUUAAUAAACUGGCCGCCAUAUAUAUAGGCUACAUGUACAGAGAACAUCAGGUUGUGUAGUGUUCCUUGAGCAAAAACAAAGGAGUUCUGUUCUAAUGCCUUCACUUCUCUCUGAACUUGCUGUUCAGUUUCAGCAGGAGCUGAUUUUCCAAGUGAAAAGAGUCUAUCCUGGCUCGCUUUGCAGUGAAGAGCCGUCCAACACAGCUAAAAAGAUUCUCACAGGCGGCAGAGGAAGGCAGGCCUCUGUUCAGUUUGAGGGACACACAUCUGAAAGUAGAGUUGAAUUCCUUUCUGUCUGUAUGGAAAGGAAUGAAGCAAGUCCAUCUUGUCUGACACACAGGCAAGGUACCCAUCCAGCUCCCCUGUUUGUAUGCACAGCUUGAUUGGCCUGUAUUGGUGUGAUGAUGUGUGACAUUUUAUUUAAUUGGUCACUGACUAGAAACGAUGAGCAGUUUUUUUUUGCCUCCAAGGGGCUCUCGCAAACUUUCCGUGCCCUCAUGAUCUACUAUUAUGGAUAGCCUACAAAAUUUUACUCUUUAACAGAUGGUUUCUAAAAGGUAGCAAAGUGCAAUACUUCAUUCAAAACAUACUUAAGUAAAGUAUAGUCAAAUGACUGCCUUUGAAAAAUACAAAAAAAAGUACAAGUACUCGGAAAAGCUACUCAAUUACAGUAACGAGAGUAUUUGUAAUUCGUUACUUCCACCCCUUCACCUACUAUUGUUAAAUUGCUUUUAUUCCUCAUUAAAUGCAGUCAAUAAUGUCUGGAGCAACUGUUGAAUAUCAACAAAAACAUUGUGGCCUUGGAUUUGAGUUGCUGUUGCCGUUUCACUGCUUGAAACUUGUUUUCCACUUUUAGUAUUCCUUAUCUCAGCAAUCAUGUGUCUUUUCAUUUUUAAUCUGUAGUUCUCCUUUCAAAUCCACAUACUAUGUUCAGUAUUGCAUUCAGAUAUAGCAUACAUAACAUGUGAAGUUCUUCUUUCAUGGUGAAUUAUCUCUCAGAAAUCUCAAGGAGAGCCAGUCGUGUGAUGAGGUUAUUUUCCCCUUCACCUCUCAGUUCUAGGAAACCCUAAGGAAAGGGAACCUCUUGUGUAGCCGGAUGUGAUACCUGCCACAUGCACCCUCAUAAAACUGCUUUAAGUGCCUCCUUCCUGUUUGAAUGUUUAUAAUAUCAGGUAUUUAUUUUCAGUUUCAAUGACUUUGGGAGAUUAAGGGAAAUAUUAAAGAGCCCUUAGUGGCACAACAGACACAUAAACAAAACUAUGACCCAAGAGGAGCUGGCUGCAACCCCUGUAUGGGAAACACUGCAUUACUUGAGUGAUUUCUCUCUGCCCCACUUGGUAUUAACAGUCCUGUUGUUUUCUGCUGUUUCCUUGUAGGUCCAUGCCUACAUCAUCAGCUCUCUGAAGAAGGAGAUGCCAAGUGUGUUUGGAAAGGAGGGCAAGAAGAAGGAGCUGAUCAACAGCCUGGGAGAGAUCUACAGCCGCAUCGAGAGAGAACACCAGAUCUCCCCUGGAGACUUCCCCAACCUCAAGAAGAUGCAGGUGAGAUAGACACUCUGAUAGAUACACGUGGAUUCUCCUGAGUAAGGUAUAAGAGUAGAUGUAUAAUGCAGCAUAUGGGCUGGACAGACAACAUCAUAGCAUGUAUACCUAAAAGCCUAAAAGUAUGACUACAAACAUGACUCACAUUGUCAUGUUUACCAAGAGAGCCUGAUUGGCUUUGGAGAAAGCCCACAAUUUGUGCUGUUUUCAAGCAAACACAAAAUCUGUUGACUGAGCUAACACACCAAUGUGUCUGCCCUACUGGGACAGACUGCUUUGAGCCAUGGUGACAAAACAGCUACUUUCUGAUUGGCUGUGAUCAGCCAUUACAUCUGAACCACCCCCAGUGCUUUCCUCACUAUCAUGACUUGGCUCAGGGUAGAAAAUAAACAGCAGUCAUGUUGAUCCUUUCUGACAUAAAUGUAUCUCUGAUGCACAGACCAGGACAGUCAUGUACCUUGUUCUGACUCCCUCUCAAACAUUAGAGACUGUAAAGAUGUAUCAACGAAGAUCAGCUUUACCCUGAAAACACAGCUCUUUUGACCUGUAACCUCUGCCCUCUCUCCGCUCUUAUAGGAGCAACUGAAUGCCCAUGAUCUGAACAAGUUCCAGCCCCUGAAGAUGAAGCUGCUGGACACAGUGGAUGACAUGCUGGCCCAUGACAUCGCCAGCCUCAUGGUGCUGGUCAGGCAGGAGGAGACCAACCGACCCCAGCAGGUGGUGAAGGGAGGGGCCUUUGACGGCACCCUCAACGGGCCCUUUGGCCAUGGCUACGGCGAGGGUGCCGGGGAGGGCAUCGAUGAGGCAGAGUGGGUGGUGGCCCGCGACAAGCCAAUGUACGACGAGAUCUUCUACACACUGUCGCCGGUCAAUGGGAAAGUGACGGGCGCCAACGCCAAGAAGGAGAUGGUGAAGUCCAAGCUGCCCAACACUGUGCUGGGGAAGAUUUGGAAGCUGGCUGACAUCGAUAAGGAUGGGAUGCUGGAUGAUGAGGAGUUUGCCCUGGCCAAUCACCUGAUCAAAGUCAAACUGGAGGGGCACGAACUGCCCGCCGACCUCCCCGGUCACCUCAUCCCCCCCUCCAAGAGGAAAAUCCCUACUGAG